ACGGGCUCCAAGAUGGCGGCGCCGGAGGAGCGGCUCGUGUCGGAGGGCGAAGGCGGCGCCCCGGGCUCGGCGCGGCUCUCCCCGGCCCCGCUGCCGGAGGCCCCCGAGCCGCUGGCGCCCAUGGAGCCGCCACCUCAGAGCAAUACGCUCAUGGGGCUGCCCAUCGUGGCUAUCGAGAACAUCCUCAGCUUCCUGUCCUACGAUGAGACAAGCCAGCUGCGCUUGGUUUGUAAGCGAAUGGACGUGGUUUGCCAGAGAAUGUUAAAUCAGGGAUUUCUGAAAGUGGAAAGAUACCACAACUUGUGUCAAAAGCAAGUUAAAGCUCAACUUCCAAGACGGGAGUCAGAAAGGAGAAAUCAUUCAUUAGCUCGCCAUGCAGACAUCCUCGCUGCUGUGGAAACGAGACUCUCUCUCUUAAAUAUGACUUUCAUGAAGUAUGUGGAUUCCAAUCUCUGUUGCUUCAUACCUGGCAAGGUAAUAGAUGAAAUUUAUCGAGUGCUAAGAUAUGUAAACUCUACAAGAGCUCCUCAGAGAGCUCAUGAAGUUCUUCAAGAACUAAGGGACAUUUCCUCCAUGGCUAUGGAAUAUUUUGAUGAGAAGAUUGUUCCAAUACUGAAAAGAAAGAUGCCUGGGUCAGAUGUAUCGGGACGUCUAAUAGGAACUGCCCCAGUUCCAGGACCUUCUGCAGCACUGACAACAAUGCAGCUGUUCUCCAAACAGAGCCCUUCCAGGCAGGAAGUCACCAAGCUGCAGCAGCAGGUGAAAGCCAACGGCACGGGCCUGACGGCGCUAAAGCGGGAGAUCUCAGAGCUGCGCGUCAAAGUGCAGGAGCAGCAGAAGCAGCUCCAGGAUCAAGACCAGAAACUGCUUGAGCAAACCCAAAUUAUUGGGGAACAGAACGCCCGCUUGGCCGAGCUGGAGCGCAAGCUGCGAGAGGUGAUGGAGAGCACAGUAGGGAAUUCUUCAGGUUCCGGCUCAAAUGAACAAUCUCCCCGGAAACGGAGGAAGGCGGUGGAUUCCACAGACUGUCCUAGGAAAUCUAAACGCCUUCGGAACAGAAAAUAACUGGGAAGGAAAUGGCACCUUCAGGAGGAUACACUGCUCUAGUAGCCUAGGCAGGCCUGCUUGUUUGGAUACUGUGACCAGCUUCACGGUGUCACGUAGGCUGCUGGCUCUUCAAAACACCACUUAGACUUGAACAGUAAUUUUCUUUCAUUGACUUUUCCCCUGCUUUCUAUAUGGGUGGGCCUAAUGCACAGAAUCUUUUAAGAUUUGCAAUAGCUACAUACUAACCACACCUGCUCUGUUAUGUUUUGAAGGGUUAACCUUUUUUUUCCGUGCAGAUGUGUUUAAAGUAAACUUAUUUGUGUUUAUGCAUAUGUUCACAUAAAAUCUUAAAUAAAUUGUCUUAACUGACUAAAUGGUUAAGAGUAAAAACAGAUGUCCUGUUCACUUGAAGGAAAGAUCCGCUUUUAAAUCCUUGUUUUUGAGAACUUGACCUUUUUUGUUACAAGUGACCUUGUCUGGAAUGUCUGAAAAGUAGUUAAUACUUUUUGGGGUUCUCUGUAAUGAGUAAAACUGACUUCUUAAGCUACAGUAUCGGCUAUAUAUUUUUGUAAACUUCCAUGGAAGGGCCUUCUAUUCAGUCUUCACAUGCACACACCCUGGUUCUAGGUCUUGGGAGCCAUAUUCUACAUUUGCAUGGAUAGAUGCAUGUACAGCUUAGUCAGCCUGCCAAAAGCACUUGCCUGAAACUGUUCCAAACUCUGGGAGGAGAGCACAGAGACCUGUCAAGCAAUUCCUUUGUUCCUCAGCCAUAACUCAAUCUCUGCUUUCAGCACAGCGGCUUCCUCACAGCGAGGUGGUCUGGGAAGGCGAGCGGCAGAAGUGUUUGAGCCUG